CUCUGGUGGAGGUCGGGAGAACUGCAGGGCGAAAGCCGCCGGGGGCUCCGCGGGCUGCCGGGGGGGAGGCACUUGACACCGGCCGCGGGAGAGGAGGGGCCGCUGUCCCUGCGGCCAGUGCUGGAUGCGGGGACCCAGCGCAGAGGCAGCGCCAGGUGGAGUCACUGGAAGCCCAACCCCACCGGCAGCCUGAGGCCGCAGUUCCCCAGGGUUUCCGCUCCGCACCUGGAUCUAUGUCUAAGUUGUAACUCUUGCUUACCAAGACCACGAUAAUUCCUUCCCCAAAGCCCAGCAGCCCCCCAGCCCCGUGCAGCCCCAGCCUGCCUCCCACCGCCCAGCUGCCCGCGAUGCCCGCCAGCGGCCCCGGGGACACCAGCGGCUCCGCUCUGGAGCGGGAGGAGGAGCGCAAGGAGGGAGAGGAGCAGGAGGAGGCUCGUGCCAAGGAGGAGCGGCAGGAGCCCAGCACGACUGCCCGGAAGGUGGGGCGGCCUGGCAGGAAGCGCAAGCACCCCCCGGUGGAAAGCAGUGACACACCGAAGGACCCUGCCGUGACCUCCAAGUCCCUGUCCAUGGCCCAAGACUCAGGCCCCUCAGAGCUGUUACCCAACGGGGACUUGGAGAAGCGGAGUGAGCCCCAGCCAGAGGAGGGGAGCCCCGCUGGGGGGCAGAAGGGCGGGGCCCCAGCAGAGGGAGAGGGUGCCACUGAGACCCCACCCGAAGCCUCCAGAGCUGUAGAGAAUGGCUGCUGCACCCCCAAGGAUGGCCGGGGAGCCCCUGCAGAAGAGGGCAAAGAACAGAAGGAGACCAACAUCGAAUCCAUGAAAAUGGAGGGCUCCCGGGGCCGGCUGCGGGGUGGCCUGGGCUGGGAGUCCAGCCUCCGCCAGCGGCCCAUGCCGCGGCUCACCUUCCAGGCGGGGGACCCCUACUACAUCAGCAAGCGCAAGCGGGACGAGUGGCUGGCACGCUGGAAAAGGGAGGCUGAGAAGAAAGCCAAGGUGAUUGCAGUAAUGAAUGCUGUUGAAGAAAACCAGGGGUCCACUGAGUCUCAGAAGGUGGAGGAGGCCAGUCCUCCCGCCGUACAGCAGCCCACCGACCCUGCGUCCCCCACGGUGGCCACCACGCCUGAGCCUGUGGGGGCUGAUGCUGGGGACAAGAACGCCACCAAAGCAGCUGACGAUGAACCGGAGUACGAGGACGGCCGGGGCUUUGGCAUUGGGGAGCUGGUGUGGGGGAAACUGCGGGGCUUCUCCUGGUGGCCAGGCCGCAUUGUGUCUUGGUGGAUGACGGGCCGGAGCCGAGCAGCGGAAGGCACUCGUUGGGUCAUGUGGUUUGGAGACGGCAAGUUCUCAGUGGUGUGCGUGGAGAAGCUGAUGCCGCUGAGCUCCUUCUGCAGUGCUUUCCACCAGGCCACCUACAACAAGCAGCCCAUGUACCGCAAGGCCAUCUACGAGGUUCUGCAGGUGGCCAGCAGCCGAGCAGGGAAGCUGUUUCCAAUGUGCCAUGACAGCGACGAGAGCGACACUGCCAAGGCUGUGGAGGUGCAGAACAAACAGAUGAUCGAGUGGGCCCUGGGAGGGUUCCAGCCCUCUGGCCCCAAGGGCCUGGAGCCCCCAGAAGAGGAGAAGAACCCCUACAAAGAAGUUUACACAGACAUGUGGGUUGAACCCGAGGCAGCUGCCUAUGCGCCGCCCCCACCAGCCAAAAAGCCCCGAAAGAGCACAACGGAGAAGCCUAAGGUCAAGGAGAUUAUUGAUGAACGCACAAGAGAGCGACUGGUGUACGAGGUACGGCAGAAGUGCCGGAACAUCGAGGACAUCUGCAUCUCUUGUGGGAGCCUCAACGUCACCUUGGAACACCCUCUCUUCAUCGGAGGAAUGUGCCAAAACUGCAAGAACUGCUUCCUGGAAUGCGCGUACCAGUACGAUGAUGACGGCUAUCAGUCCUACUGCACCAUCUGCUGCGGGGGGCGCGAGGUGCUCAUGUGUGGGAACAACAAUUGCUGCAGGUGCUUUUGCGUGGAGUGUGUGGAUCUCUUGGUGGGGCCAGGGGCUGCGCAGGCAGCCAUCAAGGAAGACCCCUGGAACUGCUACAUGUGUGGGCACAAGGGUACCUAUGGGCUGCUGCGGCGGCGGGACGACUGGCCGUCUCGGCUCCAGAUGUUCUUCGCCAACAACCAUGACCAGGAAUUCGACCCUCCGAAGGUUUACCCACCUGUCCCAGCUGAGAAGAGGAAGCCCAUCCGGGUGCUGUCUCUAUUUGAUGGAAUCGCUACAGGGCUUCUGGUGCUGAAGGACUUGGGCAUUCAGGUGGACCGCUACAUCGCCUCUGAGGUGUGUGAGGACUCCAUCACGGUGGGCAUGGUGCGGCACCAGGGGAAGAUCAUGUACGUCGGGGACGUCCGCAGCGUUACACAGAAGCAUAUCCAGGAGUGGGGCCCGUUCGAUCUGGUGAUUGGGGGCAGUCCCUGCAAUGAUCUCUCCAUCGUCAACCCCGCCCGCAAGGGACUCUACGAGGGCACUGGCCGGCUCUUCUUUGAGUUCUACCGCCUCCUGCAUGAUGCGCGGCCCAAGGAGGGAGAUGACCGCCCCUUCUUCUGGCUCUUUGAGAAUGUGGUGGCCAUGGGCGUUAGUGACAAGAGGGACAUCUCGCGAUUUCUCGAGUCCAACCCUGUGAUGAUUGAUGCCAAAGAAGUGUCAGCUGCGCACAGGGCCCGCUACUUCUGGGGGAACCUUCCUGGUAUGAACAGGCCAUUGGCAUCCACUGUGAAUGAUAAGCUGGAGCUGCAGGAGUGUCUGGAGCACGGCCGAAUAGCCAAGUUCAGCAAAGUGAGGACCAUUACUACUAGGUCGAACUCCAUAAAGCAGGGCAAAGACCAGCAUUUCCCCGUCUUCAUGAAUGAGAAAGAGGACAUCUUAUGGUGCACUGAAAUGGAAAGGGUGUUUGGCUUCCCUGUCCACUAUACCGACGUCUCCAACAUGAGCCGCUUGGCGAGGCAGAGACUGCUGGGCCGGUCGUGGAGCGUGCCGGUCAUCCGCCACCUCUUCGCUCCGCUGAAGGAAUAUUUUGCUUUACUUGGUCUGAUGAAAGCUGUGCUCUUACCUCGAGUCGGCAGCACCUGGAGCCCCAAGUGCACGACACUUGGUUCCGCUUCCCACCGAGGCAGGCGGCCUGGCGUUGGCGGUAGGCAGGGCUGGUGUGGGUGGCUCCAGGGUGAGGGCCCAACGGGCAGACGCCUGCCUGAAUAGAUGGGGUGUAGAUAUGUGGCAUAUAGAGAUAUAUAUUUUAUAAUGGGAGGGGGGAAUGGCACCUCCUGGGACUGGCAGGGCUGGGAGGUGUGCUGUCAAGCACAUGGUCCCAUGUUCGCAUCCCUAGAAAGAUAGGGCCUAUGCUGAUAGGCGCUAUAUAAAUACAUAGAUAGGGUCAUGUAUAAGAAAUAUUAUGUCGUGGGGAGUGGGGGAAGGAGGCUCAGAAGACUGAGUCUCGGGCCCCACUGCAGACAAGCCCCACACCAAUCAAUCAGUCCCACACACACACACAGGAACAUGUUUCUAUACCGAUGCAUAACAAAUGCACGUGCACACACACACACACACACACACACACAUACACACACAGCCAGGGAGCUCCCAGUGCUCUUCUCCCCAGGAUUCAGGACUUUGCGGAGUCGGCCCUGCAGCUCUUUACCUCUGUUGCCCUGUUUGCAGGUAGACUGUCAAUCCCAGAAGUUGCUAGGUGCUGAAGACAGGAAAAGGAGGAGGUUUUCUUUUAGCAGGUGCUCUCCUCUAGCAGGUAGCGUUCUAUCUCUUUUGCCCCUGGUGAUGUCAAAAGAUUCUUCUGUUAGCAACCUGUGACACUGACCUGCAACCCUAGGCACCAGUCAAGUCAGCCCUCAGCUCCCCCUACCUAUUCUCCCCCCGUCCAAAAUGAAACUGACGUCCAGGGCUGUCUUGGCCAGGGGGCUUCCAUUGGAAAGAAAUGGGACAGCGAACCUCAUCUUUGGAAUAAAGCAAAUUAGUAAUUGGUUAAAAAAAAAAAAAAAUUAACCAAGCUUUGAAUCCCUUGCUCAUUGCUCAGGAGUAAGCUCACAGCUGGUGGCCAUGGUCUCCCACUCCUUUUAGGGGGUGCUUAGUCCCACACCUCAAGCUACUCAUAUCCUUGUCAGAUUGGUUUUUAAGAUCAUACCCGGUUGCUUCCUGCCAGCUCCGUGCCGUGAUGGCAGGUGGUGACGGUGGGCUCCCACGGGGCUGGAGCAGCUGGCGGGGGGGUUCCCUCUGCCCCUCCCUCGUUGGAGUCUGUACCCAACUGUGGUGCUCGCCCCGCCCCCCCUCCUUCUCCAGCCAGGCUCCAUCUUCCCGCCUGGAGCCCACCAGCACCACUCCGGAGGGCGGGGGAGGAGGGCUGCGCAGACAGUCCAAGGUGCUCCCUCCCCUGGCGGCGGCUGACGCUAAGGUCUUCCCAGCCUGUGUCAGGACUGUCUCUUCCUCUGCAGACCUUCUGGCUCUCCUAGGCCAUGUGUCUGCUGCUGUGUGCAGGGGUUUGUUUUUCCCAGUGGCCCAGGUUCCAUCCAGGGAGUGAGCGUGGGGAAGAAACUUGGUAGCCAGGGAUGUGGCAAGCCCUGAGGGGUCAGCGUGGGCCUGCCAGCUUGCUUGUUGUCCGGCCAUCUUGCUUGUUGUGGCUGAUCUUUGUUCCUCCUGGUCUGGCAACCUGACUUGGCCAAAGGCCCCCUUGCAGGGAUGAGUGUUAACAAUCGCCAGCUUUUCUUCCAGCCACACCCGGGGGCUUGGUCCCACAGUAGAACUUGGCAGACCCCAAGGGGACCUUGGAAAUGUGCCAACUUGGCCAGGCUGGGGUGCUCUUCACUAUCUCCUUCCAACCCCCAGGGUGCCUCUGGGGAUACCUUCUAAAGGAGAGCUGUGCUGGAUAGGCCGAGUCAAAGUUGUGCGUGGAUUAAGGUGGGGGAUCAUUGGUAGAGGCAGUGCAGUGGGAGAAACCAGGAAGGCCUUUGGAAAAUUCUGGAGCAUGUUCUCGGUGGAGUUUUGUUUCUCUUGAGCAGGCUCAUGUACAAAUUCCUGGAAAUGAGGGUUUCCAGGGACUUAGGUGGUACCCCCUACUUACUGCAGGUGCCAAGUGGAGUGUGGUGCCAAAGAGAUCUGUGACUCUGGGCUGGGGGAGCUGGCCAGGGUCACAGAGCUGGGGGUUGUCUGCCCACAGAGGAAGCUGGUACUUGGCCAGCAGCUGCUGUGCUCUGGGGGCCUCAAGCUGGUUGGUGCUGACCCCCUUUCCUGGGGACCAGCCGAAGUGCAUAGGCUGGGGAGCUGGGGGUGAAGGCUGGUGGGGUCUUGCAGACAGCCACCCGGGUGUGCCACUGUCUGUUUUUCUUUAUAGACCCCAGAAUCUUCCUGCUGUUGAACAUUCUAGAAAGCAGACUUCCCCAAAAGAGUACAGGGGGCCGCUUUGCUUUUGAGACGGGCCUGGGAGAGGUUGGCUGGCGAAGGUGCCUGUGUGGGUUUUUGAUGAGUCUGUAGGAUGCGGAUUGGGACAGGCCGACCCAGCAGGAAGGAAGGCUAGUGGACAUUGAACUAGUCUCCCCCUACUUCCCGAGCAACUGGCAAUUCUGGGGAAACCUCGAUGGGAAUAGCCCACCAUCUCCAGCACAGGAUGGUGUAGAACAGGAGCAAGGGAAGGAUUCUUUCAGCAGAGCCAUCCAGGGAGUGGUCUUAGUCUUCAUCUCACUGAUGACAUAAGUUAUAUAUAAAGUGGGUCUUGGAGGCGGAUUUGAAUUCCUGUUGUCCUGCCUGGUGCAGAGAUGCUGUGGCAAUGGUGUCUUUAAGAGGUGUCAUUUUCAGGGAACUUGCAGGAUUAGGGCCAUGGGACCUGCCUGGCACCGCGAUCUGAUCUGACGAGAGCUGCUUGUUACUUGGGGUCAGCAGAGCCCAGAUGCUGCUGAGAACUGGGUUUCUAGCCAGGCCCUGUUUUGAUCCUGGGAGAUGAGGAAUCUGAAUUUGUCAUCGUGCAGGGUCUAGUCUGGACGCUUUCAGCACUUGUGGUCAAGAGAGGACACUGGAGUUGUCCUGCUCUCUUUUCCUCCACCUCUGGAGGGGUGGCAUGGAGCCGGAUUGGCCCCCCAGGCCGUUCCCUGCUGGGGCAAGGAUUAAUCACAAGUGUUUGGAGGAUCUAAGAGGAAAGAGGAUAGGUUUAUAUCAAGGAUGGACUCCACUGUUCUAGCAGAAGCUCUUGGAUCUUUACGUUUUGGUAAAGGAAGGCCGGGGUCUCUAGGAUGUGAGGUCAGACCCUCUUGCACUGUGUGUUCCUGAGACCUGGCUGAGCAGGCCUGUGGUUGGCCUCCUGUUUACCGCUGGCCCUCAACAGUGGAGUCCAGGGGAGAGGGACAGACAGGCAGGUCAGAAUCAGUGAGGAUAAGGAUGGAAGGUCCUUGGCUGGUCGUGACUGGCUAAAUUGCCCUGACGGAAGCCCCCAGACUCCUGUAACUCCCCUAACUGGAAAACUUCCCCAAGGGGCAUGGGAGGGCGGCUUCCUCAUGGCCUCCAGCCCUGGGCCCGAGAACAUGAGCAGGGAUCCGAAAGCAUCACCUGAGUCCCAUUUCACUUCACAGACUGAUUUGGUAGCACAGCCCUAGAAUCCAACCAACCACAAAAAUACCGAAAUUCCUUAGAAUACGCAGAGGGAGGAGGUGACUCAACAAGGUGCUAAAACAUUUUAUUAAAAAUAUAUAUUGUUAAAUUAAGUCUGCUGUCUGGACAAUGACUGUUUGUUUUGUUUUCUUGUAGUGGAGUUUAAAAGAGACUAUUAUUUUACUCUGAUAUAUUAUUAUUAAAAAGGCAUUUUAACUUUGUACUUGAAAACUAAAUGAACGAUUUCAUGUGUUUUAGCUGAGGCAUUGAAGUAGCGGGUGCUUACUUAUUUGUGGGAAAUCAUGUAUUCAUACUGAAGAAUAAACUCCGUAGCUGAUUUGGUAAUAACUUUUACUGUUACAGACGAUUUCGCUUUGACCCCGGCGGGAGAGCACUUUGACUGCACAUUCCACGCAGCUAAAUGCAGGACUUACUCCCCGACCCUUCCCUUCCCGGCCCUCUUUCCUUUUUCUUCAGUUCCUCUUCUGACUCUUUGUUGUUGUUGU